AUGAAUGAAUUAACCCAUUUUGAGAUAUUUCUUUACUGCCUAGGCAAUAAAUGGCAUCAACGACGUAAAAUGUUGACACGUACAUUCCAUUUCAAUAUUUUGAAGAAGUAUUCUCGUACGAUGAUUGAACAAGCAGAAGAGCUAUUGGUGAAAAUCCAGGCCGAAGUUGGCAACAACCAAACUGAUGUACUGCCUUUAAUAACAAAAACAACGCUGAACGUCAUGUGUGAAACUGCUAUGGGUACCUCAAUGAACAAAGACCAACAAAUAAUAUCAGAUAAAUAUUUUCAAGCUAUUCACAGGAUUGGCCAAUCUGUUGGCCAAAGAUUAGUAAGAGUUUGGUUAUACAUCGACGCUAUAUUUGCUUGCUCUAAAAUUGGGAAAAUUCAAAAAAAGGCCAUUAAAGAUCUGCAUGAAUUUACCAUGAAAAUAAUACAGGAGAGAAAAGACUAUUUGACAAACAAUAAUGUUAUAACAAAUGCAGAUGGAGAUGAUGAAGUAUACGGUAAAACAGGUAGACUAGCAAUGCUAGAUUUACUUCUGGAAAAUGAGAAGCAAGGAAUGAUAGAUGUUGAGGGUAUCAGGGCAGAAGUUGAUACAUUUAUGUUUGAGGGCCAUGACACAACGGCAAUGGCGCUUUCUUUUAUGAUAACGCGAAUUGCUAACGAGCCAGAAAUUCAAAAUUCAAUAUAUGAAGAAAUGCUGAGUAUUUUUGGCGAAUCUCAGAGACGUCCAACUUUAGAGGAUCUCACCAAAAUGAAAUAUUUAGAAUGCUGCAUCAAAGAAUCUCUUAGACUUUACCCUAGCGUACCAUUCAUAUCCAGAUAUAUAACAGAAGAAGUUGAACUAAGUCAAAAAUUUGCUAUGAUGGAAAUGAAGACAAUGAUGUCAAGUUUACUCAGAAGAUUCCGUGUCGAACCAGUCACAAAGCCCGACGACAUCACCUUUACAUGCGACCUCGUUCUACGCGCCACGCAUCCUUUGUUUGUCCGAUUUUUGCAAAGAAAAUAG